CGGUCAGAGCACUCUUGCUCAUUCUCGUGAAAAGCAGUUUCCGUUUUCUCUCCCUGUUCUCCGCCUCCCAGACCUAACCCUAAUCCGCUCCUCCUCCUGCUUCCCCCUCUUUCUUGUAAGAUUCGUCGCCAUUCCCGAUCUCGAAGCCAUUAGACCCUAGCAUUCUUCUCGCUCUCCUCGAUCGAGCUCGUCGAACUGGGUCUCCGAUCUGAGCUGGUGCUGGCUCCCGUUGAUGGAAUGGAGGGAGUAAUCCACCUUUUUUUCAGCAAUUUCAAAUUUCUUCUCGUUUUAUUUAAUCUCUUGCGUGUUGAUCAGCUUGGAGAAGUCUGUGCGAGGAAAAAGGAAACUUGUUCCUUGUAAAGAUUUAGAAAUGAGCGUGGGUCACAUCGAGCAGGAUCAUGGUGCACAUUGAUGUGGAGAAGUUGUUAUGCAGGCUUGCUUCAAGUAUAAUAAUUGAUAUGCAUGAAAAGAAUCUAUGUGAAAAAGUUUGGUUUUUCUCAAGUUUACUUCACUACCCACUGGAUGGCUUCUUGGGAAACGGGUUAGUUAUUUAAUCCCUCAUUUUGCUGGUAAAGUAGGUUGUCUUGGUUGGUAGAGCCACGUCAGAAAAUGGGUUCAUCAGGUGGUAUCUGUGAGAUUGUCGAAUCGAAUGAAGAACAAAAAUCAGUUCAUCAUUUUAAUAGAUCUAACGCACUUAGUAUUAAAUCAAAAACAGAUAAGCGGGAUGGUAAGUCUCAUGGUCAUCCUGUGGAGGAUGACCUUGACCGGCUUUUGAGGGCAAUUGAUCUCAGGACCUCGUCAGGGAUUCUCGGUCCUUCUCACCAGGCUGGUGUGGACUUGCUGAGGAAGAAUACUCUUAAGAAGCCGCUUAAAGUUGGGAUAUCUCAAGCAUCAGGAAUAGGAAUAUCUGACUCAGGGACCUUGAAACAGGCACUACGAAGGUUAUGCAUUUCUCAGGCAUCGGAGAUGGCUGCUGUGAAGAGGUUAUCGAAGCCAAUUGGCUUAUCUGGUGUCUCUGAAGCUGGCACUAUUAAAAGGCUGUACGCAUCUGUAGUGGUACAAGCAAGCGACUCUAGUCUUUCACUAGGUGAAGAAAAAAGAAAUUUGGUGGAGAUAUCCAUUGUUCCUGAAAAACUUGCCACGGAGUCAUCUGGAAAAACCGCUGGUUUCUGUAAAACAGGCUUGGAGCCAUCCAACCAAGAUGUUGUUUCUUCACUGUUUUCUGCAGUUCCUAACACAACUAAGGUACCAAAAGUCAGAAUUCAAGAUGUUCUUGAUCAUACAUCAGCAAAAACCAAAAGUAAUCCAUCAGUUGCCUCAGAGAUAGAGAAGAAGGGAAAGACGAUUUCUGUAACAUCCGCAUCUGGCUUCCAGAAAGGGGCCGUAUUAAGCAAGGUAAGUCCACGUCUGAUCAAGCCCGUAUUUCGGAGCAAGACUUUCGUUAAAAAGAAAGGAAAGAGGGAACCGGCUUCAAAAUCUGGUAAUUCCAGCAGAUGUGAAGUUGACAAAGCUGGCGUCCUUCCUAGUAAAACAAAGUCAGGUUGCCAAAAAGAAUCUGGCUCUCCAGCAUCCAGCAGUAUGAUUCCUGCUGCUGCAGUUGCCGCAGAAAACAUUUACAGUGGUGCAAACAAGCCUUAUUUCAGUCCAAAUAUCUGUAAUGGUGGUAGAGCUGUUGGUGUGAAAACAAGUGAAGGCUCAAGUUCAAGAGAAAAGGGGGAAUUCUCCCAAAGUUCUAAAAGUAGCAUUGGUGAUUAUAGUAGCAGCACCAGCAUCAGUGAGGAGAGCCAUCAUAGUGUCUCCAGCAGUAAUGGCAGUAGGCCUCACAUGUCAAAGGAUGUGAGAUGGGUAGCAGUUCACCACAUCAUGAUGCAACAAGGAAGCUUAGGGUUGAAGAAUUUUAAGCUUCUCAGAAGGCUUGGUUGUGGAGAUAUUGGGACUGUUUAUCUUGCUGAGCUAAUUGGUUCAGAAUGCUUAUUUGCAUUGAAGGUCAUGGAUGUUGAAUUCCUGGUGAGCAGAAAAAAGAUGCUUAGAGCACAAACAGAAAGGGAGAUACUGCAAAUGCUGGAUCAUCCAUUCCUUCCUACCUUGUAUGCCCAUUUUACGACAGAUAACCUUUCUUGUCUAGUCAUGGAGUAUUGUCCAGGUGGUGACCUGCAUGUCCUCCGACAGAAACAACCUGGAAGAUUUUUCUCUGAACCAGCUGCUAGGUUUUAUGUUGCAGAAGUCCUCCUUGCCCUGGAGUACCUGCACAUGUUAGGGGUGAUCUAUCGAGAUCUCAAACCAGAGAACAUCCUAGUUCGUGAUGAUGGUCAUAUCAUGCUAUCUGAUUUUGACCUUUCUCUUAGGUGUUCAGUAAGCCCUACCCUUCUCAGAUCUUCAUCCUUGGGCACAGAGGGGCCUGCAAAGAAGCUAUCAGGACCUUGUGCUGAAAACAGUUGCAUUGAUCCUCUCUGCCUUCAGCCAUCCUGGGUUCAUGUUUCUUGUUUCACACCCCGUCUAGUAUCUUCAACCAUGGCAAAGACCCGCAAGCUAAAAGCUGACCUAGGUGGCCAGGUCAGCCCACUUCCACAGCUUGUAGUGGAGCCCACUGAUGCUCGAUCUAACUCCUUUGUUGGGACCCAUGAGUACCUGGCUCCCGAGAUUAUCAGAGGAGAUGGACAUGGAAGUGCCGUAGAUUGGUGGACCUUUGGAAUAUUUCUAUAUGAAUUACUUUUUGGUAGGACACCUUUCAAGGGACCAGGAAAUGAAGAAACUUUGUCUAAUGUGGUCUCUCAGAGUUUGAAGUUUCCUGAGAGCCCAGCUGCUAGCUUCCAUGCAAGGGAUUUGAUCAGAGGGCUUCUGGUAAAGGAACCAGAGAAUAGGCUGGGAUCGGUCAGAGGGGCAGCGGAGAUUAAGCAGCACCCAUUCUUUGAUGGGCUGAACUGGGCUCUGAUCCGUUGUGCUGUGCCACCUGAAACACCAAGAAGUUAUGACGUCGGGAUUCCAGUUGUGAUGACUAAGAAGAAGGAAGGAAAAUGCCUGGAUUUCAGGAGUAAUGGAGACGACGUGGAGUUUGAGCUUUUUUAGCAAAGUUUUCUUCCCUGAGGAGUGUACUUGGGUUUGGUAGCUGUCACCUGUCCUUUUACUCCCAUCUCGUCAUUGUAAGUGAUAGCUGUCAAUGUAAAUGUCGAUCCAUAUAUUACAGUGAGCUUUCAUUUCUUGUUAAUAACGUGAAUUUGAAUCAAGAAAAAAAUAGCAAUCUGUUACCUACUUAUUUCUGUUUCAUCCCAGAGUGCUUAGAGCUGAAUCUGAAGUAGCGGCAAUAUACAGGAAGCCUGCAGCUCUUUUUUUUGUGGAUGAGACAUGUCCUUUUUGUUCUUGUUUCAUGAUUGUUUCAUGAUUUUUAAUGUGAAAAUGUCAUGGGAUUGUACAUAA